CUCAUCAUAAAAACGCGCGGGCGUCCGCUCUGCCCUAUGCCACGAGGGGGACGCGCGUCACUCUUAUUCUCUGGAGCCUGCUUGACGCCCUACAGCAAUCAAAAUAGCACGUAAGGGAGCAGAGCCCGCUUACAAGUUUCGGCCCGGGCAUGAUGAUCCCGGUCUUCCUCUUGGCCGCCGCCGCCGCGUGUCUCGCUCCGGCAGCGGCGCAGUCGCCGUCCAAGACGACUGAGAAGUCGACCGUGUGGAUGCCGCCGCGGUCCACCGGCGCUGGCGAGAACAUCUAUGCGUCUGUCAUCACGGCGGCGCCGUCCUCAACCGAGUUUUUCCUCGCCUGCACGACAGCAUGGCAGUCAGCGUCGGCGUGCGCGCAGUUCAGCGGCGUCACGCUGACCUACGGCGACGGUACGAUGAAGAUUGGCUUCCGGUCCGACUCGUACGACUGCAAGCGAGGUGCCUCGGCGACGUGUUCCGUCAGCACGACCAACGCGGCCAACGCACAGUCGGUGCUCGCCGGCCCCGAGUCAUCGGCGUGGUUCACGGCCAUCACCAUCGUCGACGGGCACGACAAGCUCAAGAGCGCCAAGAGCCAGACACGGUCGACGAGGAGAUCGACAUCGGCGAGCCCAGCGGCGGUGACAGCAACGACGACGGCGGCGUCCGCGGGCAGCAACGGUAAUUGCAAGCGUGCGAUCAAGGGCGGCAGCAGCAGCGGCAGCGGCGGUGAUGACGGUAACUCUGGCGGCACCAGCGGCAAGAAGCACAAGGACAAUAGCAAUGGCAAUGGGUGUUCUGCUGCCAGUGGCGGACCUGGCGAGUUGGCUUGGUCUCUGGUGAUGGCGGCCGCUGCGGCGGUUGUUGGGAGUCUGGUGACGGUGUUUCUAUGAAUGAAAUGAUGCCCUGUAUAAUGAGAAUAUGUUUGUUUUCAAGAGAAUUAUCCUCUAUGUCCUUGACUAAGUCGUCAUGGAAGAGAGAAUGGAGAGAGACAACGAGAAUAUGAGCAGACGACAGACAAUUCCAAGAGCCCAU